AUGAAAUUGAAUGCAAGCUCCAAAAAAAUAGAACGUAAAACACCAUUAGUUACGAUGUGGACAUCAGAUAAGUUGAAGGAAAGACAAUCUUUUGAUAUUGAAGCUGGUGGAUUUGGGGUUGGAAAUCUAAUUGAAUUAAGUUCAAAUUUAGUAGGUGAGAAGAAUGAGAAUCAAUAUAAUGAGAAUCAGGACACACGUAUUGAGGAGUAUGAAGAAAAUCAUGAAACAAUUUUCAACAAUGUCUCAACUAAAAAGGAUAAUAUGGAAGAUAUUAUUUUUCAUUUUCUAUCGAAAUUCCCUAAAGACAAUAGAACGAAGGAGAUGAUAAGGAAGUUUAGAGACAUAUUUUCAACUACACUUUUUUCUAUUCGAGAAAAAUCAGAAAUUAUAAAGGAGGGAACUGAAGUCAAAGCAGAUAGAGUUGAAGAGCUUAAUAAAACAAAUAAUUUUGAUUUUGAUGAUGAUAAACAUGAAGGAAUGAAUACAAAGUUGGUUGAAUUUGUAACUGUUAAACCAUUACAACAGAAGUUUCCAGAGAAUGAAGAAAGACAAACAAAAGAUCAAGAUAUGAAUAUUGAUGACCCGAUAAAUUCGCGUUUAGAGGGUAAUAUUGGUGAGGAAACUGUUGGACAUUCGGACAAUCAAGAAAGAAAAAUAGAAUUUGAAGACAUAGUUGUAGAUGAAAAAAUAAAUUUGGCUUUAGAGGGGAAUAAUAUAGAGGAAACUAUUGGAAAGAAGAAUUUAGAAGGGAAUGUUGAGUGCAAAAUCUUGUUGAGGGUGGUGAAAUGA